UGAAGAUGGCUAUGGUUUUGUUUUUCACUUUACUUUGCCUUUCAAGCCUAUUGUGUCCAGCCAUUUCCCAGCCAAACCUUAGUUCAAGGACUUACAUUGUCCAUGUAAAUGUGCCUGAUACCAUGGUUCUGUCUGAUUCCAAAAACUUCGACAAGUACUACCGGUCAUUUUUGCCACUAAGAACAUCGAGUUUGGACCUGCAGCCACGGAUGGUCCACACUUAUCGUAAAGUUGUCAGAGGCUUUGCUGCAAGAUUAUCACCCAUGGAGGCUAAGGCAAUAGAGAAGAUGCAAGGAGUCUUAUCCAUUAGGCAACAGAAUGUUUUUUCUUUACACACAACUCAUAGUCCCAAUUUUUUGGGAUUGCACCAGAACUUGGGAUUCUGGGAAGGCUCAAAUUAUGGUAAAGGGGUGAUUAUUGGCGUUCUGGACACUGGGAUCGCAGAUGGUGACCAUCCUUCGUUUAGUGACGAAGGGGUGCCACCUCCCCCGGCUAAGUGGAAAGGAGUUUGUGAAUUUAAUGGCACGACAUGCAAUAACAAGUUGAUUGGUGCCAGAAAUUUUGUUGCAGGACAAUCUGGCCCGCCUGUCGAUGUGGAGGGCCAUGGAAGUCACACGGCUAGUACUGCAGCUGGCAACUUUGUGAAGGGUGCCAAUGCUUUUGGCAUGGCUAAUGGUACUGCUGCUGGCAUGGCACCUCUUGCUCAUUUAGCUAUAUACAAAGUUUGUUCUCCAGAGGACUGUGCUGAAAGUGAUGUAUUGGCUGCAAUGGAUGCGGCUGUUGAGGAUGGUGUUGAUAUUCUUUCGCUAUCAUUAGGACUAGAGCCAAAUACCUCUUUUUAUGCUGAUAGUGUUGCUGUGGGAGCAUAUGGUGCAAUUCAGAAUGGUGUUUUUGUGAGUUGCUCAGCAGGAAAUUCUGGUCCAGUGAAUUCUACUUUGUCGAAUGAGGCUCCAUGGAUUCUCACUGUUGGAGCUAGCACGGUUGAUAGAAGCUUAAAAGCAACUGCCCUUCUUGGGAACAAGGAUGAAUUAGAUGGUGAGUCGGUCUUUCAGCCUAGAGAUUUCCCCCAAACUUUGCUGCCACUUGUUUUUCCUGGCUCCAGCGGUGAUCAAAAUGCUACAUGGUGUGCUGAAGGUUCACUGGACAACAUGGACGUUAAAGGAAAAGUAGUUUUUUGUGAACGUGGCGGUGAUAUAGCAAGAAUCACCAAAGGACAGACCGUGAAAGAUGCUGGUGGUGCUGCAAUGAUACUAAUGAAUGAAGAGGCAAAUGGAGACACUACAAUAGCUGAUUCUCAUGUUCUUCCAGCAACACAUGUGAGCUUUUCUGCUGGAGUGUCAAUCAAGAACUAUAUUAGUUCAACAUCAUCACCUGUGGCCACAAUCUUAUUCAAAGGAACUGUGAUUGGAGGAGAUUCGGCCCCUGCAGUUGCCUCGUUUUCAUCCAGAGGGCCUAGUAAUGCAAGCCCUGGAAUCCUAAAACCUGACAUCAUAGGCCCUGGUGUCAGCAUUCUUGCAGCAUGGCCUUUCUCUGUUGAUAACACAACAAAUACAAAAGCAACGUUUGAUAUACUUUCUGGCACAUCAAUGUCAUGUCCUCACCUUAGUGGCAUUGCUGCUUUGAUAAAAAGUGCACAUCCAACUUGGUCACCAGCUGCCAUUAAGUCCGCCAUCAUGACAACAGCUGAUCAGCUCAACCUAAAAAACGCGCCUUUCAUUGAUCAGACAGGCUCUCCUGCUGACAUCUUUGCUGUUGGUGCAGGCCAUGUGAACCCUUCUAAAGCCAGUGAUCCUGGACUUGUCUACGACAAUCAGCCUUCUGAUUACAUUCCAUACUUGUGCGGAUUAGGCUACACUGAUGAUCAAGUUGGAAUCAUUGUAAACAGGAUCAUUAGCUGCGCUAAUGAAACUGGUAUCCAGGAAGCUGAGUUAAACUACCCUUCUUUCUCUAUUGCAUUAGGCUCCUCUGCAGUCGAGUACUCAAGAGUUGUGACAAACGUUGGCAGUGCUGAUUCGUCCUACACUUUAAAAAUUGUUUUCCCACCUGGUGUUAUAGUAAGCGUAACUCCAUCCAGACUUGAGUUUUCUGAGGUGAACCAACAGCUAACAUAUAGAGUGAAGUUUAGCCGUUCAGGUGAUGUUUCACAGACUCCAUUUGUUCAAGGAUCUCUACAGUGGAUGUCUGCUAAACAUGUAGUAAGAAGCCCAAUCUCUGUUAAGUUUACUUAGACGCUUUGCAGGUCUUAAAACAUGGUUCUUUCUUAAAUACACUUCCAUAUUAUAUGA